UUGCACACUCCAUUCCCUGACUGCUGCCCUCCCUGCUCCCAGUGUAUGUAUCUCCCACUUCCAUCGCUCUAGCUGCCCAUGUUUCGUAAUGACUGUCACACGCUACUUGGUGCAGCUGCUGCUGCUGCUGCCUCUUUGGAACGGAUUUCCUUUCUAGAAGUUGGGAUCAUACAGUAGCAAUACAUGAUCGUUUUUUUACAAGACAACAACACGUCUGGUUCUCGUAGUUGCAGUGGGGAUUUCUGGGUCCCCUAGUGGCAUUUGCACCUUGUUGCAGACUAGGGGAGUGGAGGACCAAAAGCAGGUCCAGAAUUGGGCGGUUCUGGGCUGUGCAGAAGCUGUGAGGGAUUAGCAAUACGAAACUUCCGCUUUUUGAAGCGCUAGAAAGUAGUGUCUGUAUGCGUCUGAUCGAUGUUGUAGGGGAUUGGAACACGUGUUGAAUGGAUGCAGUGCGUCGAAGGAGCUGAAGGGAACGGUCAACUGCGUUUGUAGGAGGAUUAUCUGAUUAGCGUAAGGGUAGCAGAUUCAGAAGUGGGCAUUUCAGUUGCAGGAGAUGGACGGUUUUAGUUCUAAUAUAAUCUUUGCGGUACGUCUACGGUAGUGAUUGGCCUAGUUUGACUGCCCUUAAGCUGCAGAGGUUCUGUUCGGCGCUCUAGCCCAUAUUUUUUUUCCGCUGGAGAAGGCGGUAGGAGUUAUCCGAGUCGGUCGAUUGCAGUGUGCAGCGCUUGCUUGAGGUGGUUGCACAAUUGUGUUGUUGAUUAGUAUCAUGGCGAUAAUGGCGCCAGCACGAGACCAAAUGUUAAUGAGCUUGAUGCACAGCUCGGCAUUGCCACUUUCAUACUCUACGGACGCGGUUAUGCCUUACGCGAGUGAUCUGGAGAGGGUUGUAGAGCCAAGCGCUUCUAUCCUUUACCCUGCGACUUGGCAAACCCUGCAGGAGAUGCAAAUCUCUCGGAGCGCCGAGCAGACGCUCAUAGCCGGUGCGACGUCUCGUGGGUGCUCGCUUGGUCCGUCGACGCCCAGAUCCACCCUUGUGAAUAGCAAUCGUUUGCUCGCCAUGGAUAAUUCCCCCUCCGCCUCGUCCGCGUGUGUGGUUGGCAACCAACUCAACAUCAUGGAGGAUGCCAGGAUUAGGGGAGUGAUGGGGAGGACAAGUUUAGCGGGGAAUAGUCUGGGUGGUACUCGAUCUUGGGAUGCGGAGAAUAUUGCCGUGAAUCCUUUUAAGGGCGGUCUCGCACUGCAAGGAGUUGGUGCUUCGGCACCCGCGUUCACGUCGGACCCUGCACUGGCGGAACGUGUUGGGCAGGUUUCCAGCUUUGCUUGUGGGACUGCAAAGUAUCCGUACAGUGCCCCGAGGAAAACUGGAGAGAUGCCCACAGUGUUCGAAGUGCAGGCAUCUAGUAGUCUAGAAUCGAAGUGUUUGCCAGCGAGUGCUGCCAGUGUACAGCCGGAGUUGGAAGCCGUUGAGGGAAUCACUGAAGCUGCCAUGGGACGUGGAACUACCCCCCAUGAGCCGGUCGAAGUAACUGUAACAGCUCUGAAAGAGAAUCACAACUCUUUUUCCUCUGCAGAGCAACUUGGUGUCAGCCGCGGCGAGUCACCUGUAAAGUUACCCAGUCAUGACACUGCUUGCUAUCGCAGCAAGAGGAAGCAGCAGGAUCCGUCGUCUCCAGACCCUAAGAUUUCGGAGGGUGAGGCGUCAUCCAACCCUAAGCGGAGCAAAGGGGAAGCUGAUCGAGGUGAUAAAGAAACGAAAGAGGAUAAUACCAAGUCUAGUGAAACGUCAGCUGAGUCGACGGAAAGUCCCAAAUCAGCUCAGAAGGAGAAGGAAAAUCACAAGUCCAAGGAGUUCUCCAAGCAGGACUAUAUCCAUGUGCGUGCUCGCAGGGGCCAAGCUACCGACAGCCAUAGCCUGGCGGAGCGGGUGCGUCGCGAGAAGAUCAGCGAGCGGAUGAAGUACUUGCAGGACCUCGUUCCUGGGUGCAAGAAAGUUACGGGCAAAGCGGUCAUGCUCGACGAGAUCAUCAACUAUGUUCAAUUCCUCCAGCGCCAAGUCGAACAUCUAUCAAUGAGGCUGGCAUCCGUGUGCUCAGGUCACGCGGACAUGGCCCUCGAGAGUCAGCUCUUGAGCAACAAGGAGAUGCUGCAGACUCAGCUGCCAAGCACUCUCAGUUCUAGUUCCGAGACCAAAGCAGAUGCGUUUGGACUGAUGCAGCAGCUUGAUGCGCGGAAACAAGUAGGGCCAGGCUUUUUGGAUGGAACACCUUGCAGGCGUGUCGAGUACCGGUUUUUGGGCUCUGGAUUGGAUGUGACUGCGGCACCCUUCGCUAGUCUCGCCGACAUCACGCGACAUACGGUGCCUUCUUUCCACAAUUCUGCCACCAUCCCUCAGUCCACAGGAUGGGAUUCCGGGGAGCUUCAAAGUUUGGUUGAGAGGGGUUUGAGCCACCACACCAGUCGGCUUGGAGCGGUUGAAGGUCAACUUCCUGUGGGUCACAUGAAGGCCGAAUUCUGAAGUAAUCUGAUUGUUGUGGCCACUGUGAUUCACUCUUCGAUUUGAAGCCAGCAUUCCUAGGAGAGGCAGAUCAACUGGAUGUGUGCGGUGGGUGGAUUCUUUGUCCUCAGUUUCGAGAUCAUAAAUUCUAGCGACAUUGCUUUACGAGCCAGUUUCUACUGUAUUGCGGGUAGCAGCAGGGCCCGCCGCAUGUGAUGUCUCACUUCUCAAGAGCUGGUUUUUCCUAUUGCAGUGUGCCUGUGUUUUAUAUAUCCUUUAUUUUAGUUUUCAUUUUCUUUUUAUUUUUUUAUUUUUUUCCUUCAGUCCAGUUGCUUGAACCUCAUCGCAUUACCACUCAUCUUUCUGAAGUACCCGAUGUGGCGAUUCUAAGGUGCGGACAGGUCUAGCCCUACAGGGACGUCGCCUAGUGCUCUGAAUCAGCGUUGUAUAGCAUAAUUCUUAUCCCCCACACUCUACCAAAUGUAAUGGUUGUUGGUCGUGUACAGACCAGCUGCAGCGAAUAUAUGCUUUAGAGCCGCCUUGUCCAA